GAAAACGCAAAGACCGUGGACUGGCUACUUUGCAGGCAUCAUCUUCUGGAGCUAAUAGGUUUAAUAUUUUGUUGUGAUUUCCUUUUUUUCCAGGCGUUUGUAUAGUUACAGUUAGUAGUAGAUAUUAUAUUCCUUUGGAUGUUGGUUGAAUACAGUGUUUUUUCCUUUUUGUAUUUCUAGACGUUUGCACAUGAUGUCGGGCCUGUGGUGCUGCUCAACCACUGAAUUCGCCCUCUUACUGUGCUACUGAGGUGUUGCGAGUCUCAAGGUGUUGCUGUCUGAAUGAUGAUUACGCGAUGUCUGAUGUUGAAGUCACGUACGCCGACUUCAUUGCAUCUGGCAGGACUGGGCGUAGGAACGCCCUGCAUGACAUCCUGCACAGUCCCACUGACCCUGAAGGCCGAGAGCUCUCUCUUACUCUGUCCCUAUCCCAGCUUCACAUUAAUGCAGGAGGGGGAGAUGCAAAUGACUCCGAUGACACUCAAAGCUCAUCCUCCUCGGCUCAAAGAGAGGCGGCGCAGAAGAACAGCUAACUGGACGCAGAAGAUUGCUGGAUUGAUUCCUGGCCCUGUUGGUUCCAAAUGUUUUCUUCACGCCUGACAGGUAGCUGGAGGUUAACUGAAUAUUGAUGCCUUUGCAUUACCUACUGAGACUAGUUAGUAGCAAGUCAAUCUAAACUCUAAAGUCCAGUAUGGAGGCAAUGAACUGGAAUUUGCACUUUGCUCUCAUGUCUUCUGUGCACGUUAACUACAGACCUUGAGGUGUGUGCUUUAGAGUUCAAGUGAAAUGAGAUGAAGUUGGUGUGCAAAUGCUUUUUUUCCCCCCAUCAUUUAAUGAAUUAAGUGCAGUGCUAAAAACACUGAUGGGGGUGAAUGGAAAAGAGAAUCUCUGUUACUUUUGUUGUUGUGCAAGCAAUUUGUGAGCCCACUGAGACGUGCUAAUGUAAUGGGUCGCAGUGGAGCUAGCAUGUGUAUAGAGGUAGCGAUGCAGAUGGGGAUUAUAUUGCCAGUUAAUGGCUCGUGCUUCCUUGAAAUGGACACUACUGUAGAGAAAAUUAGACUGGCUGUAAGCAGGACUGGAAACACCGCAAAGAAACAUUGGGCUUUGAAUACUUGCCCAUUUUUAUGAGACUAAAUUGAGCUGUCAUAUAGUCUCAUUUAUGUCAUAUCAAAUAACACUCAAACCAUUUAAAAUAUAAAUCAUCUCAAGUGAAACAUCCCAUCCCAAAGAAGAGCCAAGAUAAGAUCAUCUAGAAAACUGUUAAAUGUGUCAAAUGUGUCUUGAAAAUGUCAUGCAAAUGUAUUGCACUAAAUAACGAAAUGCAACUGUACUAUAUUUAGGCAGUGAUUCUUUUGCAUACCACUAGAGGGAGCCCACGCACCACCAGUGGUACUAGUACAGCAUUGAGAAUCACUGCUAUGUAUUUAAUCACAAAUUUUGAUGGUGUACUAUGUUGGACCAGAUGCCACCAAACUGUGCUCACAUUUCUCACUUAUUACACACAACCUUAACGAACCAUCUCACUUGCCACCACUUGUGGAAAUGUUGAUACCAUCGAACCUGUGAGGUAAAUACGGUCCAGCCAGUAGCUAGGUAAACCUAAUUUAAGUUAUUUUUCACUCCUCUUAAAAUGUUUGCGCUUUAGCUGUUUGCUUGUAACUUGUAAUUUACACCUAUCUCUCCAAAGGUUUUGUGUGUGUUUUAUACUAUUUAUUUUCAUUUUACACCCAAAUAGUAGAUGUGGACCAUGAAAUAUAAAUACUGUAUAUUAUUACAAAAUUAAUUGUUGGCUUCUUGCCUUUUUACCACAGACAACAGUAUCAAUUGUCUCUUCUAACUUUUGGCAAACACUGAAAUAAGUGCAUUUCUCAAAACACGGACCUAUUUUUUUUUCAUGUAGAUAAUUAUGCAAUAUUGUGUGGAGCUUCCAGUAAGUAUGCCAAGUUUGGUGAAAGUGUCAAUUCUUACACAGAGGCACACUUUAUUCCUGAUUACUAUGCGUGGUAAUGGAUACAUCCCAUAAUCGACUUAAAAAAAAAAAAAAAAGCAUUGUGCAUGUACAGCAGUUUUGAAAGUGUUAGAUUUAAGAGUGUUUACUGUCCAGGUUUACAAACUAUACUUUCCUCUUUGUGUGAACAUGUAUGCGUUUAUAUGACACUCCUCCAAUCAGGUUAUUUGUGAACUACCAUGUGACCAUAGUGACGACACUGUAAAUCCAACUAUUUAUUAAUCAGCUUGUAGGAAUGUGAGGUGCAUGAGUUUGAUAAAUGUCUUAACUGUGUACUGUCUGUGACCUUUUUUCUACUCUUCGUGCCAAAGUAAAAUAAAUGACUGAUGGCUUUGA